AUGAAUCUGUUUUCUUUGCUGUUUUGUUGUUACUUUGUGUCUGUAUAUGCUACUACUGUGUCUGGUUUGAACUCUGAUGGGUUGGCUCUGUUGUCCCUCUUGAGUCGGUGGAAUUCUGUGCCUACUUCCAUGACUUCAAGUUGGAAUUCUUCAGACUCAACUCCUUGUUCUUGGCUAGGUAUAAAAUGUGAUUAUAGAAGUCAUAGUGUAGUUUCUUUGAACCUUUCUGGGUACGGAAUUUCUGGUCCACUGGGCCCUGAAAUUUGGCGGUUAAAGCAGUUGAAGACCAUUGAUUUGAACACUAAUGAGUUUUCUGGUGAAAUACCCUCACAGUUAGGAAAUUGUAGUCUCCUUGAGUACUUGGAUUUGUCUACAAAUAGUUUUACUGGUGGAAUACCUGAUAGCUUUAAGUACUUGCAAAAUUUACAAACGUUGAGUCUUUUCUCUAAUUCACUGUCUGGUGAAAUACCUGAAUCACUGUUUCAAAAUUGGGGUUUACAAGUUUUGUAUCUGGACACCAACAGAUUCAAUGGUUCCUUUCCUAGGAGUGUUGGAAACUUGACUGAGCUUUUAGAACUGUCCUUAUAUAGUAAUCAGUUAUCUGGUCCAAUUCCUGAGUCUAUUGGAAAUUGUAGAAAAUUGCAAUCUCUGACUUUGAGUUAUAACAAGUUAAUUGGUUCUUUGCCCGAGAGUCUAACCAAUCUUGAAAGCCUUGUUGAUUUAUCUGUUGGUCAGAAUAAUCUUGAGGGUAGAAUUCCUUUGGGUUUUUGCAAAUGCAAGAAUUUGGAAAAGUUAGAUUUGUCAUUCAAUAGCUUUAGUGGGGGUCUUCCACCAGAUUUAGGCAAUUGUAGUAGCUUAGCAACCUUUGCCAUUGUUCAUAGCAACUUAACCGGAACGAUCCCAUCUUCCUUUGGCCAACUAAAAAAGCUUUCUCACCUUGACCUCUCUGAGAAUCGACUGUCUGGGAGGAUUCCUCCUGAACUUGGGAAUUGCAAGUCCUUGACAGUGUUAAAUCUAUACACAAAUAAACUUGAGGGAAAGAUUCCGAGUGAGUUGGGGGGUUAA